UAAACAGGAGCAGUGCUGAAAUGUAACUAAAAGCCGAGAUACUUUGAGGUGCGACUGUUUUCCAUUGAUUACGACAAUUCGUCUCCGCUGACUCCUCCCAUGUGUUCGAUGAAAUAGGAACAAGGGAAACAGUUCCGGAUGAGGGCAUUUUCAUGUUUCAGAUUUAUUGCGAACUGAAACAAAUUUGUAAGCUAAACAAGCAACUCGUUGACCGGCUUCCCUACAUGUCUUUGGCAACAAAAUAGACUGCAUACAUACAGAAUUUAAAGCAGGCUGCGUGAGAUUGCGAGGGAAAAUGACGAAUUUCUUGGACAUUCAUGCAGAGUUAGCCUCCAUCAUGGACAUUUUGGCAAAGUCUGCGGUGGCUGAAAUCAGCAGACUCGUGGACGAUGGUGCCGCGUUGUUACGGUUGGAAAUUUCUCGGAGCCACAGGGAGAUUGCAGUGCUGAAGAGGAACCUUCAGCUGAAGGAGAGCGAGCUGCAGACCGCGCGACGACUCCAAGAGCGUUUUUCGCAGGGUCGGUCCCUUUCUGUUCCGGUUUGUAGCGUACAAGGGACUGAGAGAGAGCGUGAACGGUCUCCCAUUGCAGAAAAAGUUCUUGGUCAGGAGUGGAGCUUCAGACUAAGAAGAGGAGAACAAACAUGUGUGCAAGAGGUGGACAUGCCUUUACAGUCCAGCAUCAUGAGGAACCAGCAUGCAAACAUGGAGAAGGUCCGGCCUGAACCAGUACUUAUUAAGGAGGAGAGACUGGAAGACAACAGUGACCCACAGCCCACACCUGGAGGAGAGGAACAGGUAGUGCAGCCCACACCUGCUGCAGUGGAACAUGACAAUGAGCCCACACCUGUGGAACAUGGGAAGAAACAGGAAAAAGAGCCCAUACCGGUGGGAGACCCAGAGGAGCUGAGUGAGCAGCACAGAUGUGAACACGGUGAUAUGGAGUUCAGUGGACUGGAGUUUGUGGUGAAGGCAGAGCAAGAGGAAGAGCAUGUAGCCCAGAGACUCAGUCAGACAGGAUGUGAACACAGUGCAGGAAGACUCAACAAUCUGGACUCUGAGUAUGUAAUGUAUGAGAGAGACAGUCAGCUGUGGACUUCCUUUACGCAAGAGGACAGUGACAUAGAAACUGAUGAUCCAGUUUGUUCUGACACUACAGAACAGUGCUCACGGAUUUUAUCGGUUCACACACAGCUACAGAACUCCCCUGCCCCCGUGGAAGUAUCUGGAAAAAUGCUGUCCUCUUUCGGAGUGGGUGCGAAGUCGUCUGUGUCUGUUCGCAGCGAGGAGCUCAGGUCAGAGGUCAUUCACAGACCGCAUGGUCAGCGCAGAAAGAGACUGGGCUCACCGACCAAUGAGGACGUUGUGUCUCAGCAGCAGCAGCCCCAGCCCCAGUUUUCAGAAUUGAACCCCGAUGCCCCCGACGGGGACCGAUAUGCCCCCCAGGCCCGAGCGGAGAUGAGAGGAAAGCCCCACAGGAGGGCCGGGACAGGAGAGAAGCGCUUCAGCUGCGCGCAGUGCGGCAAGAGCUUCACCACCCGCUUCUACCUCAAGAUACACCGGCGCAUCCACACGGGAGAGAGGCCCUUCAACUGCGCGCAGUGCGGCAAGAGCUUCUACUGCACGUCUCACCUGACCUCGCACCAGAGGUCUCACACGGGGGAGAAGCCGUACAGCUGCGACGAGUGCGGAAACUCGUACUCGCACCUGAACUCCCUUAAGCUGCACUACAGGGUCCACGCGGACGAGCGAGAGCUGGGCACGGAGGUACAGGUAACGCACCCCACACCUGUAGACGAUGGGAAGAAACCGGACACAGAGCCCACACCUGCAGGAGAACCGAAGGAACUAGAAAGAGUCUUUGGGCAGGAGUGGAGCUUCAGUCUGAGGAGAGAUGGAGAACCUGCAGGUGUGGAACAGGUAGACUCACCUUUACAGUCUGGAUUCACACAGAACCAGUCUGCACACAUGGAGAAGGUCAGGCCUGAACCAAUUCUUAUCAAGCAGGAGAGCCUGGAAGAGGACUUGUGUUACAGAGACCCACAGCCCACACCUACAACAGAGGAACAGGUAACACAGCCCACACCUGUAGAAGAUGGGAAGAAACUGGAUACAGAGCCCACACCUGCAGGAGACCCAGAGGAGCUGAGUGAGCAGCACAGGUGUGAACACGGUGAUGAGGAGCUCAGUGGAUUGGAGUUUGUGGUGAAGGCAGAGCAAGAGGAAGAGCAUGUAGCCCAGAGACUCAAUCAGACAGGAUGUGAACACAGUGCAGGAAGACUCAACAAUCUGGACUCUGAUCAUCUUCUGAAGUCGUAUAAAUUGGCUAGUGAAAUGUCUACCUGUGUUACCUUUCAGGAAGAAUUAUCCACAAUCAUGGAUAUUUUAGCCAAAACAGCUGUAGCUGAAAUUAGCAAACUUGUCGAUGAUAGUUGCGAGGUUUUACGCAUUGAAAUAUCUCGGAGUCAGACAGAAAACCAGGCACUGAAGAAAAAACUACAGUUGAUGGAGCGCGAGAUGAGGCUGGCGCGAGGCCGAUGCAGAUCCAGUGCAGAAAGAGUCUUCGGACAGGAGUGGAGCUUCGGUCUGAGGAGAGGUGGAGAACCCACAGAUGUGCAAGAGGUACUCACAGCUUUACAGUCCGGCGUUAUGCAGAAUCAGUCUGCAGAUGUGGAGCAGUUCAGGCCUGAACCAGUUCUUAUCAAGCAGGAGAGGCAGGAAGAGGGCUUGUGUUACAGAGACCCACAGCCCACACCUGGAGGAGAGGAACAGGUAACACUGCCCACUCCUAUAACAGAGGAACAGGUAACACAGCCCACACUUAUAGAAGAUGGGAAGAAACUGGACACAGAGCCCACACCUGCAGGAGACCCAGAGGAGCUGAGUGAGCAGCACAGGUGUGAACACGGUGAUGAGGAGCUCAGUGAACUGGAGUUUGUGGUGAAGGCAGAGCAAGAGGAAGAGCAUGUAGCCCAGAGACUCAGUCAGACAGGAUGUGAACGCAGCACAGGAAGACUCAACAAUCUGGGCUCUGAGUAUGUAAUGUAUGAGAGAGACAGUCAGCUGUGGACUUCCUUUACUCAAGAUGACAGUGACAUAGAGGCUGAUGAUCCAAUUUGUUCUAAUGCUACAGACCAGUGUUCACAACAUCUGUCAAUACACACACAGCUACAACAUGCUCCUGCCUCCAUUGAAGUCUCUGGAAACACACUGUCCUCUUUUGGGCCUUCAUAUGUUGAGGAGUUUGAUACGAUGAGUGAGAAGCCGUCUGUUGGCAGCGAGGAGCUCAGUUCAGAGGCCAUUCACACACAGCAGGGUCAGUACAGAGAGAGACUUGUGCACACAGUGGAGAGAGAGAAUCAGACAUUACUGCCCCAGCAGCAGCAGCAACACGGACCCUCAGUAAAACACAUGAGAGGCAGCGAGAGCCCAGCCCAGCCACACUCAGGCUCCCAGUAUGAGACCGGCUCUUCUCUGAGCGCCUGCGCGUUCAACAUGGCCGACCAGCUGAACGACCAGUGGGUUGCUGCCAGCGCCGAAGAGAACGUGUUCAUCUGCAGCCAGUGCGGAAAGACGUUCGGUCGUCUGUCCUACCUGAAGGUGCACCAGCGAAGCCACACGGGGGAGAGGCCCUUCUGCUGCACGCAGUGCGGGAAGCGCUUCCACUGCUCCUCGCACCUGAAGAUUCACCACCGCACGCACACGGGGGAGAGACCGUACAGCUGCGCCACCUGCGGGAAGAGGUUCACGCAGCAGAGCAGCCUGAAGACGCACCAGAGCGUGCACACCGGCGCGAGACCGUUCAGUUGCGCGCAGUGCGGGAAGACCUUCACGCUGCUCCAUCACCUCAAGAGACACCGCAUCGUUCACAGCGGAGAAACGGUACUACUAUGAACUGAACUAUGACGACCGAACUGCAAGAUGGUGUGUGUGUGGGGGGGGGGGGUGUACAUGUCUCUUGUGAUUUUGACUGAUGACGCUGCAUGUGAAGACAAAAUCGAAUGCAUUUUUGUUUUGAUUGCUAAGGUGUUAUGUUAUACACAAAUGAAACAUUGGUUUUAUAUAUAUUUGUAUGUAUAUAUUUGUGUGUGCGUGUGUGUGUGUGAGUCCAAGGUGCCCUCCAGGAAGAAAAAUUUUAAAUGUAAUUUAUUGCCUAUCAAAUGUUUUCUAUGCUCAGAAAUUUGAGAAAAUUACAUAAUCUUAUCCAACAGA